AAAAUAAAAAAAAAAAAAAAAAAAAAAAAUACUAGUGAUAUAAGUAUAAAUGAAGAAGAAAAAUUAAAUUUUAAUGAUUUUAAAAAAAGUGAUAUGAAUGAUAUAGGAAAUUAUUACACCAAAAAUUUUAGUGAUAUAAAAAAGAAUAACUUUAGUAAAGAAAAGAAUAAAAAAUUUAAUUUUAGUGAUGAUUCCUUUAAAAAAAAAAAAUCGCAAAUAUCUGAUAAUGAAAAUAGUGAAAUAAGUAAUUAUUUAUACGGAAGAUAUUCAAAAAUGAAAGAUAAUAAAAGAAUGAAAAAUAUUUUUAAAGAAAAAAGUGUAAGUAAUAUAAGUUUAGAUAGCUCUUGUUCUUUUGAAUUAGACUUUUUUUAUGAUAAAGAUAAAACUUCAGAUAUGAAGAAAAGCAAAAAAUUUUUAAAAAAUCCUACCAAAAAAAGAAUGUAUAAAUUAAAGAAAAUAAUUGAAAUAUUAGAAUAUUCAAUAUACAAUGAAGAAAAGGAAGGUGUAAAGUUAGAAUCGAAAUUAUAUGAAUAUGUUUUAUUAACAAAAAGUUUAAAACAAAAAAUCUCUAAUUUAGAAGAAUUAAAUAACACUAAUAAGAAUAAAAUGAUUUUAUAUGAAAAAGAUAUUUCUAAGCUUAAAGAGCAGAAUGAAGAAAUGAAAUUAACAUUAUCCACCUUUGAAAAUGAAUUGAGUAAUCUAAUUAAUAAGUUUGACAAAAAUUUCGCAAAAGAAUUAAUUGACACAAAAUCUCAAAAUGAUGUAUUAAAAAAAGAAGUAGAAAGAUUAAAAAUGGAAAUUGAAAAAAAGAAUUAUGAAAUAAAAAAAAUAGAAAAUUUAAAUGAUAUUACAAAAAAAAACAUUAAUGAUAAUAUUACAACAAAUAAUAUUAAUAAUAAUAAUAAUAAUAAUACAAACAGUGUUUCAAAUAAUGAAAAUAAUGAAAAAUUAGAAAAUGAUAACAUAACAAAUAAUAAUAAAACAACAAAUAGUAAAAAUGGUAAUGCAAAUAUCAACGAAAAAAGUAAAGAAGUGACAAUACAUGAAUUUCCAUAUUAUUAUGGCAAUAGUGAAAUGAUUGAUUCAAAUAUUGUAGAAGAUUUUAUUUCAAAAAUGAAAACUAUGAGAAUAAAUUUUGAAAAAAAUAUAGAAAAAUAUGAUGAAGAAACGAAAUCCCUAAUUUAUGGAUGUUACAUUUCUAAUUUUUUAUUAGAAAAUAAAGAUAUUUGUAAUCAUAAAAAAAUAUUGAAGCAUUUACAAGAAUUUUGUAUUACUGAAUCAAAAUUUUUAAAUAUACAUUUAUGCUUAAAAAAGGAAAGAAGUGAUUUACCAACUAAAGAAUUAGAAAAAGAAGUUAUAAAACAAUUAGAAAAUUCUGAUUUAGAUAAAAAUAAAGAUAGAGUUUGCAUGAUAAAUUCUAUUAUAUUAUUAUUAAUUUUUAAAAAUAUGCAUAUUUUUAAUUUAUAUAAAAUCUUCAUAACGUCAUUAAAAUGUGAUAAUUUUCGAUGGAUAAGAAUAGUUAAAAAAGCACUUUUUCUCAAAUUUUUUGAUUUAUGUCUGAUUGAUACAAACAUGAAAGUAAAUGAAAUACAAAAUCAGAAAGAAGCAAAAUUAAUUAAUGUCAAUGGUGUUGGUUUAACUACCAAUGAGAAUAUAAAUUACAAUAUUAAACAUCCAUUGUUUUAUUGUGCAAAUGACACAUUAAAAAAUUUUAUAACAACUAUGUAUUUAAAUUUUUAUAAAGAUCCAAUUAACCCUCAAACUAGUGAUAAUAUAUAUCAUUAUGUUUUGCAGAAAAAGAACUUAGAUGUAUUAAAGAUAUUGAAAUUAUCAGGAAAAAAUUAUAAUUAUAUAUUUAAUAAAAAUUCAGAAGAUAAAACCCCAUUAGACUAUAUUGAUAAUGAAGAUAUAAAAAUAGAUUUAAUAUCAGGUUAUAUAUUAGAUAUAGCAGGAAAAGGAGCUGAAAAUUAUAAAAAUUCCAAAUAUGAAGUAGCAUAUGACUUAUAUACUGAGGCAUUAGAAAAACAGAUAAAAUUAUCAGAAUCUGUGAAAAUGGGAAAAUCAAUGAAUGAAAAUAUUGGAAAAUUAUAUUAUAAUAGAGCAAGAACAUUAAUGCAUUUAAAUAAAUGGAUAGAUGUAAUUGAAAACUGCAAUAAUUGUUUAAAAUAUAUACCUAAAUAUGUUAAUGCCUUUGAUACACAAAUUCAAGCCUAUGAAAACUUACUAGAGUAUGAAAAUGCUCUUCUUACAUAUAAAAAUAUGUGCAUUAAAUGUAAUAUAAAACCAGAUGAAAAAGAGGAAAAAUUGAAAUCACAAAUUAAUGCAACUUGUUUUCAAAUUUUAAAUAUAAAUAAAAACUGUAAUGUUGCUGAGAUUAAACAAGCAUUCUCCAAUUUGUCAAAAAAAUGGCAUCCAGAUAAAUUAGGAAUUAAUAUAAGUGCUGACAUAAAAAAAAGACACAAUAAUCAUUUCAAAAGAUUAUUUAAAGCUAAGCAAUUGUUAUUAAAUGACAUUGAAAGACAAAAAGAAAAAAAAAAAAAAGAAACAAAUUACAUUUACCCACAGAUUAUUGAAGAUACAAAAUUCUCAAAUAGUAAUAAUAAAAAAACCAAUAUAAAUAAUGAAGAAUCAAAUCAAAAAAAUUGCAAUAAAGAAGAGAAAAAAAAUGAUACAUAUACAACAUCCUAUAAUAAUAACGGAGUGUUCAAAAAUAUAAACACAACAGAUUUUACAAAAAUUAAUGAAAGUAAUAACAAUAAUCAUGAGUUUUUUAAAAACGAAAAUAAUAAAUCGAAUUUCAUUAAUAAUGAUAUGGACAAAAAUUUUAACAAAAAUAAUAAUGUAAAUUUGAAUGACUCAAAAAAUAAUAUUUAUAAUUCUUAUAAAGAUGAUAUUGAUAAAUUUCAAGAAAAAUUGAAAAAUUUGAACAAAGCAAAUAAUGAUAUUGAAAAUAAUAAAUUCUUUAACUCGUUUCCUAAUAUAUUUGAUAAUAAAUUUUCUAAUAUGAAUAAUGAAAAAAUUGAUGAAAAUUUUUAUAAAAAAUUAAAAGAAGAAUAUGAAGUAUUAGGUGAUGAUGAAUUAAGUAACCUUAAAACCAAAUUGUCAAAUUCUAUUAAUAAUCUUAUACAAACAGAGAUAAAUUUAAAAAGAGAAUAUCAAGAAUUAUGUAUUAAAGAAAAAACAAAUGUAAUUAUGAAUGCAAGGUUAUGUAUAUUACAAGAAAUACAAAAAGCUUUGUGUGUCCGAUUGGAUAAAGAAAGAAAAUUGAAAGUUAUUGAAAAUAUUAUUAAAAGUAGAAAUGACGAAAAAUCAUCUAAUUUAAAUAAAACCAACUCAUUUUCAAAAAGAAAUAGUACAGAAGAAAUAUAUGAGGAAAACAAUAACAAUGAUAAAAAGGAAAACAAUCAUUAUAAUAGCAUGAAUGACAAAUUUAAUUUAAAGAAGAAUACAUAUGAAAAUGAAGAAAAAGUAGAUCAACAAAAUAAAGAAGAUAAAAAUAAUGAAGAUGAACAAGAAGAAAAAAAUAAAAGUAACGAAGAUUAUAAGGAUGAAAAAAGUUGUGAAGAAGAAAAAGGAAAUGAAGCAGAAAAAGAUAAUGAAAAAAAGGGAUGUGAUAAUAAUUGUGAUUAUGAGAAAGAAGAACAUGAAGAAGAUUAUGAAGAAGAAUUUGACGAAACAGAUAAAAUAGAACAAAAAGAUAAUAAUAGUAAUAUAGAAUAUUACCAUGAAGAAAAAGAUAACAAUAAUGAGGAGAAAAAAAAAAAAAAUAAGAAAGAAAAAGAAACAUUUGACGAAGAACAAACAAAAAAAAAAGUAAUGAAAGAUUAUGGAAGUACUAAAGAAAAUAAAAAAUAUAAAAAAAUAAAAGAAUGUAAAAACAAUAAUGAGGAGGAUGAAGAGAAAAUUAAUGAAUUAAAUAAAACUAAAACGGAUGAAUCAAGAAGUGCAGAUUCUGAAAUUUUUAAGUAUAUUGAUGAAAAAAAAAUAUACCAUGAAAAUGAAGAGAUAUACGAAAAUUUUCAAAGUGAUGAAAAAAAUAAUAAUUUUUUUACGAAUAUAACGAAUCAAUUGAAUCAACCAUUUAAGUAUGUAAGCGUUUUAAUUAAAAAUAAGAGAUCAAGUGAGAAUGAAAAAAAUAAUGAAAAUUUAUCAGAAGAUAAUUUUAUUUUUAUAAAUAACAACAAUAAAAAAGAAAGUAGUAAUAGCAAUAAUAAUUUAUUUUAUAACUUAAAUAAUGAAACAUUUUACGAAGAUAUAAAUGAAAAAGAAAUUUCAAAAAAUGAAUGUGUUAUGUCAAAUAAUAAAAUUUUUGAGAAAACACUAAAUAAAAAGGGAGGAAAUAGUUUUGUACAUAAUGUUAAUUAUGAUAAUGAGAUAGAUCAAAAUGAUAACAAAAUAAAGGAGGAAUUGUCCCAGUCACCUUUAAGAGAAGAGUAUCAUUAUGAAAAUUAUACAAAAAAAUUAGAAACUGAAGACACUGAUAAUUCAAAUAAAAUGAAUUCUAUAAAACAAGACUCUUUUUACAACAAGAAAUUUAAUAUAGAUGAAAAUAUUAUUAUGUAUCCAAAUAAAAAUGAUUAUCUUCAUAGUAAAACAGUAAAAAAUGAUAAAAACUUUAAAAUAGGUUUUUCAAGCGAACAUAUAAAUGAUGAUUAUUUUGAAAAUAAUUCAUUUAUAAACUUGAAUUCUAGCAAUAUACACUUUUUUGAUAAAAAACAACAAUCUUUUAAAAUAAAUGAAAAUAAAGAAGAGGAAAAUAUAGAUAAUGAUGAUAACUUAAUAAAUUUUGAGAAUCUCGUAAAAAAAGAAGGUCAUUUGUCAUCUUCGAGAAUUAAUGAUAAUAAUUUUUCCGGUAAAAAUAUAGAUAAGGACAAUAUAUUUAAUAGAGUAGGGAGUAAUAGCUCAAGUAUGAACGAUUCUUAUUCAGAAAAAUUUAUAGAAAAGCAUUUUAUUUAUUCCAAUGAUAAUUUCGAUAAAGAGAAAAAAAAAAAUAAGAUAAAAAAUGCGAAUAUUAAAUAUACAAGUGAUAAUGAAGUAAUAAAUAAUGAGAAAAAAAUUUUCAAUUUAUACAACGAAAAAAAAAAAAUGAAUACAUAUGAAUCCUCAUUUUUUGAUCAAAAUUUACUAUCUCCUGAUUCUUCAAAUAGCAAAAAUAAUUAUGAAAAAAUUACUUUAAAAAAAAAUGAUGAAAAUAAUACAACCUUUUUAAAUUAUGAUAAGUUUGAUAAUUAUAAAAAUAAAGAAGAAACAAAUAAUUUCUAUAACGUAGAUAAUAGUAAUAAUAUUAAAGAUGAAAAGAAGUUUAUUAAUAUAGAUUUAAAUGAAAGCGAAAAUAAUUUAUAUCAAAAUGAUAUUAAUACCAUAAGUGAAAAAUUAAAUAAUAAUGCUGAUAGUUUUAUUUAUGAUGAGAAAAAACUUCUAAAUAGUACUUCAAAAUUUUAUAAUUUGAACAAAUCUUAUAAUUACGAAACUAAAAAAUUCAGGAAUUCAAUGACAUUUUUAAAUGAACAUGAGAACGAAAAUAAAAAUAUAAAGAAAAUGUUUUCUAAUGAGUUAACCUCAAUUUCAUUAGAUAAAGCGUUUGAUCAAAAAAACAAAUUCCCAUUUAACGAAAAUUUAGAAAAACUCAAGUAUAAGAAUAUUAAAAGCAAAAUAAAAAAGGAUGAAAAUGAAUUAAUUAAAUUAAAAAAAUCAUGUUUAGAUAAAAUGAACACAAAAGUUGAGUUAGACAAAAAUAAAAAAAAUGAUGUAAAAGAAAAUAGUUUACUUAAAAAAAAUAUCAAAAGAAAUUAUAAUAUUGAUGACAAACAAAAAAAUAUUGACCAUAGCAGGAAAAGUAAACUCAAAGCAAAAGAUAAACAAUAA